AUGGCCCAGCAGACUAACCACGACUCUAUUACACUUGGUCAACUCAAUUCUCUUCAAUCAUGGUAUGACUUCAAGUAUGAUGACGAAGACACGGUUAUGAACGAAAUAGAAGAGUUUUAUUCCUACAUUGAGAUGCCCCAGGUCGCCGAGAACCUAAAGGCAUGGGAGGGCUCAUUCACAACAGAAUGGACAAAGGCCCCCAUCGCAUUGAGGAAAUCUCACAUUGAGCUGCUCCUGGAGAGUUUGGAACACCGGGACGCCGAAAUUCGUUUCACGAAUGCCCGUCGCUUGUUUUACGUUUUGCAAGGGACGUUUUCGGAAACAGUUUCGCCUGAGCAUCAAUUGCAUUGGAUUUUUGAGAACUGCAAGGUAGUUCGGUCUGCGAAUGGUGUGAGCAGCAUCAUAGAGGCAAUGAAAAUCGCUAGUCAUAAACAUGACUUAUUGUACAACCUCUCUGAUCAAGAUGCAGCGCACUUCCACAUCUCUGCGCAAGAGAAGGCUGAUUUCAUUGAAGAAGUGCUAACCGAAAUAUCCGUAUAUCUCGGCAUGCUGUACCACCUGAUUGAGGUUUUCAAGGGACACGACGAUUUUGCGGACGAGUUGAUGAGCUUGGACCCCCCGCUACCUGUUUACCUUUUCAACGUGGUUGCCGGACUUCGUGAAAAGACAGCAAAGGGGUAUCCUAUUAAAAAGCUUCUUUUAGUCUUAUGGAAAACUCUUCUCACAUGUUGGGGAGGCAUUCGCGAAUAUGAAAGGGCCAAGAGGCUUACGCGGGAAUUGUCAGGUCUACCUGUUGGCGAGAGUGGGGAUAGAAUUAAAUCUACGCCCAUUGACAUCGAAACUUUCAGACACGAAACCUUCGUCAAAUACCCAACUUUCACGGCUGCGCAACAGCCUCCCCCACAAGUUGCUGAGGCUCCUAUAGCGAAAUCUAAUCCAGCUCUGCUCACCUCGCGGCUGGCACAAGCAUAUUCACCCAUUCCAAUCAGACACCACUAUCACCAUGACGACAUUGAGGUAUCUCAUGGAGGUCCUCAAGUCCCUCCUGCAGGUUAUCACGCACAAAACAUGAACCAACACGGGCCAUAUCGUCCAGCCCCUCAACCAGCUACCCCAGCCCCGUCUCCCCCACCUUCUCCAAAACCCAAGAAGCAGCAGUACCAAACAGAUCAAACUCGCCCUUUCUUGUUCCCAUUCUCUCGCCGUCGACCUGGCAAAGACGCUCAACUCGUCCCCUUCGCAAUUGACGAGGCAGAUCGCCUUUACAACAAGCACAUGUACAUCAGUGCUUCUCUUUCUCAGAUGUGGCGGACGAGGGAGGAUUGUAUGACGGCAGAAAGUGGUUUGGAUCAUAUGCCUGGCACGGAGGGCGAAUUCGAAUCAUCUACGUUUAACGCAGACGAUGCGGAGUCUGCAGAACCGUUGCCAGAUCUUGCGCUUUUGGAUACGAAAAUCACCGAAGCAAUCGAGUCAAUCAAAGUCGCACAAACAGGCGCUGACAAACGGAAGGCUAGAGAGAGAAAGGAGGAUCUGAUGCGUUUGAAACGAGUCGAACAGAUAUACAGCGCUAUUUUGCCUGUGCUAUCCAACUGGGUUCUUAUUCUCCUCAAACUUCUUCUCGCUACUGUUUCAGCCAGCACAAACUUGCAACCUCCGCAAUCGUCCACUUCCUCGGGUUUUCCGCCUGGCGUAGCCUCUCCACAGGAGCAAUUACACACGACACCGCCCACACUAGAUGAGAUUGACGUUACCCGCCAUCGUGAAAUUACAUCUAAGGCAGUAUCCGCUAUUUUACUAUUGGUUUUGAAGUGGUUCAAAGUAUCCCAUGUGAUGAAGUUCCACCAUUUAGGGCAACACUUGCUCGACACAAAUUGCCUUUUAUUGAUUCUGAAGAUGUUUGGUCUGCAGGAGGUAUCUGCUUCGGUGAUCUCUAAAGCAGAUUCUCCGGAGAACAACUUCUUUCGGUACUGUCUUCUGAAUCUCUCAAAAAUGCCUCAACCAGUAAGACCCGAAGACGCCAUGCACCGAGCACCUCGUCAAACAGUGAUUAAGAUCAUAAAUCUACCCAACGGUGAGAAGCAUGAAGAAGAGGUGGAGCAAGUGAUGGAGUACUCUUGGCGAAACUUUUUCUCUACUAUCAAUUUUGCGAAGAUCAUGCAGAAGCUAUCGAAAGGUCGAUCGCACCGCAUCUGGAUGCUCAUUCAAUACAAGAGUUCGGCAGUUUUGAAACGAGUUCUACGAGUUCCCCAUCCUAUGUUGCAAUUACACAUUUUGAAGCUCAUUAAAAGUCAAGUUCCAUUUUGUGGUCGUAAAUGGCGACAAACAAAUAUGAAGGUCAUCACUUCAAUAUAUCUCAAUUGUCGACCAGAUUUGCGAGACGAAUGGCUUACCGGGACCGAGGUCGAUGAUGUGUCGGAUGCUCAAGCACAAGAGCAAGCUUUGCGUCAUCUUGUCAAGUUUUACAAUAACAAACGGUAUGGUCCGACGGCAUCGUCCACCCAACAUGGCGCUCUUCAUCGAAGAUCUGGGAGUAUGUCGCACCACCUAGAAGGUUUGCACUCAGAUCCGGCGCUUUCCAGUCUCAUCCGGCCACUGGGGACUCCCAACGUCGUCGAUUCCGAUGUUUUCCCCCCAUCCCGAUCGCAGGCACCUAAUCCUUCCAUCUUUCUUCCAUACAUCACCGAAGAUAUUGCGUUUGAAGAAGAAUAUGAAGAGUAUCUAUCUGACCUUGGCUGGUCGGACGAGCAAGCACCGGACGGACCCCUGAUCGGUGGUACAUCUGCUUGGCACCGACUCCCAGAUUUCGCAGCAGAAAUCGCAGAUGGAAUUAGUGACAGCGAAAGCAUCGUAUCUAUCGGAGAUCUUGGUGAUGAUUCCCGUCUUGACUCUACGCGUGACGAUAGGGAUGUGGUCGACGAGAACUUGAACAACUGGGAGCACAUGAGCCCGAAGACUAUGGCCGCCUUGCCUAAAUCUCCCGCAGGAGCGCGAAGAUCAAGUUCUGGCGGUGGUCUCCGACCCGUUCUGCCAUUUGGGCUAGAUGAUGGUAGCGCGGUUGAUCUCGAAGACGACGAGGCGGAACUUGGGCCAAUAGCUCGAGAUGAGUCUGGUCCGUUCUUGGUCGGCGCCAGCGUCGACGAGGUCGAGUACGCAUACGGGGUUUAA